UGUGUCUGUCACUGUGUGUUAGUGUGUGAGACAGUGUUACUAACAUGUAGCGCUCUGUGGCAGUACGUCGGUGUGUGCAGCAAGGCAUGCUGGGAAUUGUAGUCUGCUGCAGAACGGCGGCGGGAACAGAGCUUGUCCCAGACUCACAGGCAGAGUGUAACCUACCGGUGUAUGAGAGCGGACCUGUGAUUGGUCAGCACUCUGUGUGGCGGCCCCUCUGCCCGAUCACAGCCUAUGAUUGUAUGAAGGUGGUUCGCAGUCUCCUCCUCCCUCAGCCUGGCCGGUCAUACUGACACUGUGUUGCAGUGUAAGAGUUGUAGCCUUGGUGCAGUGAGUUCGUAGUAACUGUGUGUCAGUGUGUGGCACUAGUCACAGAGAGUUGUGUUGUGUUAUGUGUGACAGGAGUCUGCUCAGUCAGUGCCCGCUGCUCCUACCCCAGGAUCUGCACGGGAGAGUCUAUGAUGGGUUCAUCACUGCCCAGGAUAAAGAUUUUCGACUCAGGGUCAUUUUGCCUGCAGAUUUAAAACUCCAAAAUGCAAGGAUAGAGUGCAGUUGGCAGUUAAAGAAAGUUCUGCAAGGAUAUCAGCAUGUUGUAAAGCAGAGAUUACAGCACAGUCCAAAUCUUACAAGUUUUAUGUUGGAACUAAAGACUAUAUUGGAUGUCGCUCUGAAAAAUACAAGUUCAUUAGAUGCAUCACCAGCUCCACAGUAUUACUCCCUCCUUGUGAAGGACAUUGAGAAUUUGGGUUGGGAUAAGUUAUUGUUUGUUGAUAAUGAGUUCAGUACAAUCAAGUUAAAAAUUGAAGAUUCUUCAGGGCGAGAGCAUGUAAUCCUUCUGAGGUUGGGUGCACGGUACCCAUAUAAGGCUCCGGAUUGCAGCGUAGACUUACCAGUACCAUUUUCCAUCUCAUGGACACCACAAAGUAAUCUACAAGACAUUUAUAACCAAGUUUUGUUGACCUUGGAGUCAUUAAAAGAUUUUUGGGAUGCAUUAGAUGAAAUAGACAAGAAGACAUGGGUACUGGAACCAGAGAAACCCACACGAAGUGCCACUGUGAGAAGGAUUGCGAUAGGUAACAAUGUGUCCAUUACAAUUGACCUAGAUCCCAGACAUCCCACGAUGAUCCCAGAAUGUUACUUCCUUGGAGCAGAUCAUGUGGUACAUCCUUUAAAAGACAAGCUGAAUAGCAACAUACAUUUAUGGGAUCCAGAAACUGGAUUGUUUCAAAACCUGAAAGAUAUUUUAGAAAUAGAGUUUCCAUCGCAAUCUGAUUUUAAGAAAUCCGAUUUUAGUAUGGACUGUGGCAUAUGCUAUGCUUAUAGGCUGGACUCUGCCAUUCCAGAUCAGGUGUGUGAUGACCCCCACUGUGGGCAGCCCUUUCACCAAGCCUGUUUAUAUGAGUGGUUGAACACACUCCCCUCUAGUAGACAAAGCUUUAACAUUAUAUAUGGUGAAUGUCCUUACUGUAGCAAGCCUAUAACGCUGAAGCUGUCUAAUAAGACAUUUUGACUGGCUAAGAAGAUGGCCAUCUGACAUAAUGGAAUGGAGUUAAUAUAAUAAACAAUAGAUCAUUACCAAAAGUAUUGGAACAGCUAAAGCAUAUUUAUAUAAACUUUGACGAUCCUGAUGAUGAAUAUUAGGUUCAUAUGAAGAUUGGCUUUCUUUCAAGUCAUAAUCUUGAAACCAUUCAUCUUUGUCUAAAUGACCUUUGUAAUUCUGAAUAAAGUUCACAUUGACUGUUCCCUGAAAACAAAUACAAAAUUAUUAAAGAUUUAAAGCAUAUCA